AUGGAUGCUGAGUCGUCAGAGGGUUCUGCCAAGCCCUUAGAGUCAUCCAGGACAGACCUCAAUGCCCAGGAGAGUAAGAAGGCGGCGGUGCUAAUUCAGAAAACUUACAGAGGACAUCGUACGCGCCGUCAACUGAACGGCUUUGGUCUGGAUGCCUCGACUCGGUGGUAUGAGGCAGUACGGGAUGCUCAAUUCAAAGCGCACACAUCGCCCCAACCUCCCGCCUCUUCCCUGGACGACGCAAACCCGAACGAGAGCACUAAAUCUCCUGCGAGGCUGAAAUGGAGUCGAGCGGCGGAAGUUGCACGCAGGGCUGGCGCCGACGAUCGAUCUCCGUCUAUCUCUGACUUCUCCUCAGAUGACAAUAUCGAGAAUGUGGAGGGCUCACCCAGUGGUAUGACCCAAGAAGACAGGGAAAAGAUGGAAGCAGCAAGGAUAAGGCGAGCCGAGGCCACCGCCAUGAGGAAGAAGACUGCCAAGAUGAUGGACUUGCAAUAUUUCCUGGAGAUGGUUGACCACAAACAUCGCUACGGGAGUAACUUGCGCAAAUACCAUGCUUAUUGGAAAACACAAGACACCGAUCAGAACUUCUUUUACUGGCUGGACCAAGGGGGUGGAAAGGAUCUGGACCUCCCAGAGUGUAGCCGAGCGCGGCUGGACAAGGAGCAAGUGCGAUACCUGUCACGCGAAGAACGCCUGAACUAUCUCGUCAAGGUCAACGAAAAUGGCUUGCUUAUCUGGGCCAAGAAUGGCGAACUUGUUUGGACCAAGGACGAGCUCUUCAAAGACAGCGUCAACGGAAUAGUCCCCAUAGAUGACUCUGCGCCAAAAUGGAAGUACAACGUACCACCCCCAGGAGCGAGUGAAUCUGACAGCAGCUCAUCGGACGAGUCAGAGGAUGAAGAUGACAACACGGUGGGCGAUGAAGGAGAAAGAUAUGUCAACGAAGAAUUCCAUCGAGCCAGAGGAGUGUCCAAGAUCAAACAUGUCAGUGCGGCAGUAUUGUUCAACCACAUGAUCAGAACGAGCUUGAAGAAAGGGCACAAGUGGAUAUUUGUGUGUGAUACCUCAUUUCGAUUGUACAUCGGAUACAAACAGUCAGGGGCAUUCCAACAUUCGUCAUUCCUGUACGGCGGGCGGAUCCUAUCGGCAGGGUUGAUUAAGGUGAAGCACGGUCAACUGAGACGGUUAUCGCCCUUGAGCGGACACUAUCGGCCACCAGCCGCAAAUUUUCGAGCCUUUGUGCACAGUCUUCGGGAUGAAGGUGUCGACAUGUCACGCGUGUCGAUAUCCCGCAGCUAUGCGGUGUUGGUUGGUCUGGAAACUUACACCAAAACCCGCAAGCGCGUCAAAGCUGCCGGUGAGACCGUCGUGCACGAGAAGGACAAGUUACUCAAUCCAGAGAAGGUCAAGAUGGAGGAAGAGGCGAAGCGAGACAAAUCCCAGAGCGCGGAGAAGGAAAGGCAAUACCUGGAACAGCAACGCGAGGCUCAGGAACGGGAAGCCCGCGAGCGACGCAAGGCGAAGCGAAGCGUGACGGGGAUGGUUUCCAGUGCAUUUGGCAAACUCAAGCUACGGAAGGACAGUAGCGACGACGCUCCGGCGGCCGGGGAACAGGUCAAACGAAUCUUGGGGACGGGGCCGGAGGAUGGCGUGCCUCCGCCAGAAGGCCGUCGCUGA